AUGAAUAUCUUGAGACCAAAUUCUUCACUUUUGAAACCACUUAGGUUUGGAAAGAUUCCAAUUACGCAAUUCAUAUUACCAGUUAAUGUAAUAUCAAGAUCAUACAUCGCCUCUUCACCAUCAUUACAUUCAUCACUAUUGCAAAAGAUUCCCACCUACAAAUCUUCCAUACUUCCUUACUCCACAAAGUCUGCUCCACCGCCGCCACCUUCUCCUCCACAUGAUAAAGAUUUUAAGGGUAAACGAAUUCUCAACAGAAUCACUCGUGCUUUUACCUUUUCAUUAUCAUCAGUAAUUGUUCUUGGUGCUGCUGCAAUUGCACUCUUGGUCAUUUAUCUCAUACUUUCAGAAUUACUUUUACCUUCAGGAGAUACACGUACAUUCAACAAGGCUGUUAAAUUAGUUGAGAAAAAUGAACAAGCGCAAAAGGCAUUGGGCUUUCCAGCUGGUGAAAGAUUGAAAGCAUAUGGAAUUGUUGCUGCUGAUAAAUGGGUUCGUAACAGGCCGGUUCAAAGCUCAAAGACCAGAACCAAGGAUGGUAAGGACCAUUUAGUGAUGAAGUUUCAAGUCGAGACGGAUACAGGUAGAACAGGCGUGGUUACUUUGGAACAAGUCGAUAACUCAUGGUGGAAAACUGAGUUUGAAUAUAUGGCGUUGGAUGUAAGAGGUCACAGAAGAAUAUAUAUUAUUGAACCUGAGAAGCCGAAUAUUGCCAGACUAGGAAAAGGUUCGGGCUUUUUGGGUUUGAAUUGGGGACCUAAAAAAGACUAG